UAUGUACUCAGGACUGGCAGGGGCCUCGACCAAUAACAUUGAUUCCUCAGCCUGAGAGGUGGUUCAACUCUAGCACACAGGAAAACACGCUUUCCCAGAAACAGAACUUGCUUCAUCUGAGCCUCUGGUGACCUACAGGCAUGCUAGAUUUUACCCCUUUCCUCUCUGCAGCAGCACUUUGCAGGCCUUGCAACUAACUAGCCAACUGGCACUAGGACUACAGCCAGGAAGUUGUGGAGGGCACUGAUUUGUAGCCUUCAGCCCCUCCUGUACCUCUUGAGAUACCUGUCAUUAGAGCCACGUGACCAGGAGCCCCCAGUGAACCUCUCUCUCCUGUUCUGCGCAGAGACGGAAGUGCAGGCUUCUCGCAAUCGUGAGGAGGGGUGUUUGGAAAAGGGCUGCCUUCAAAGUGGACCAGGUUUACAGCUCACCAAAUGGUGUUUUAGGUUCAGAAGAUGGCAAGCAGCUCUGAAGCCUGGAUUGGCAGUGCUUAUUUGUUCCUCCAGUCUAAGAAGAUUGUUCUGCCCUCUCUUUAUGGAAACUCCCAACAGAAACCCAAGGUGUUCCAGGCCCUCAAAUUGGCAUUAGCAGAUUCCACAGGCAGCGUGAAUGGGGUUGAUGUGCUCAAAGUGCACUGCAGUGACCCACACUUGAUUGUCCAGCUCAAAUUCUGCAAGGAGGAGAACUGCCGUAAAUUCCUUCAGAGUUACCGAGAGGGAGCGCUCCAGAAGUCUCUCCAGAAUCACCUCCAACUCACCCUGUCAAUGCCCACCAUAUCUGUUGAAACAGAUCUGAAGACUGGAAGUGAGCAUCUCGACAGAAUGCUGAAUGAAGUGGAGCGCUGCUUAGAUUGUAUCUACAAAGAGAAGCCUGACCGCCUGAGGGAUGAGGAAAUUGCAGAGCUGGAGAAAUCUCUCAGGAGCCUGACUUGUCGACAGGAGAACAGUGUGGUUGUUGCAAAGACAAGCAACUCUUUGAACUCCUCAUCUCUGCCUUAUCCUUCUGGGGCAAGCUCUCUGCCCCAAGGAACCACCUUUAUCUUUCAAGGACAGUACUUUGCCAACAGAACACUCACACGGGAUGACCAUCAAAAAUUUGCCAAGCUUGUUUCAAAGAAGUGGAAGCAAGUGGGUCGGUCUCUGCAGAAGAACUGCCGGGCUCUUCGGGAUCCUGUGAUUGACAACUUGGCCCUUGAAUAUGACCGGGAGGGACUGUAUGAACAAGCAUAUCAGCUGCUUCUCAAGUUUAUCCAGUCUGAGGGGAAAAGAGCCACAUUACAGAGACUGAUAGCAGCCCUGGAGGAAAACAGUCUCAUACACUUAGCAGAGGAACUGCUGGGCCUCCACCACAGUGACAACGACACAUCAUAGAACAAAAAUGAAGGAGCCUCCUCUUGGGUGGUGGUCAUAUGUUCUAAUCUGGAACUUGUCCUAUUUCAGAUGGUUUACAAGACUGUUGCCAGAGACCCAGGAAUGUAGAGCCCUAUUAACCAGCCUGGUAUCCAUUUUAGCCCAAGGUAUAAGCUUGUGUGUUCACAAAGCUAGGCUGGUGCACUCAGUUAAGACAGCAUUGAUACUGAUCCUUUCACUGUGCUGGCACAAGUCAGGGCUGUUAUCUUCCAGUGGAUUGGUGCAAAUGGUUUCAAAACAGACUUCCACAUGCUACCCUCUAGUGAACCAAAGAGGAACUUUGUUCCACUACUGAGCAUUUUAAAGAGCCAUCAGGGUCUUUGAAAAUUGUUUGGGAAACAGUCUAUACCAGGUGGUGCUUGACCUCCAGCCUGUGGGCCAGCUCUGGCCCCCAGCACCAUGUCAUCUAGCCCAUGAGGCUCCCCAUGGAUCCAAAAAUUUGGCAGUGGGGGAGCAGUGGCACUGCUAUCUUGCCCCCAAAUUUCCAGCCUCAUGAGGAGCCCUGGGCCCUGAGGAGCAGAGGCAGUGUAGAGCCUGAUCCUGACGCACAGGGCUUGAUCCGGCCCACAGGCCAGCCCUCCGCUACUCAUCUCACCCAUGGGGUGAGAAGCUUCAGUUCCACUGUUCUAUACAACUAUUUAGAGAGAAUUCUGUCCCUUUGUUCAUAAAAUUAAGGACAUUUCACGAAACCAGAAACUUACCCACCUCAUCCCAGUAAGAGUUUGCCUGUUCUUUCUUUUCCCACCUGGAGUCAUCCUUCUUAUUCUGUUGCAGUCUUAAUCCUCCACAUGGCAAACAGAUGUAGCAGAAUAAACUGCAGGUGGUAAAGAAGCAGUAAGGGCAAGCCAGGUUUGAAAAGAUACUUGCGAAGUCAAAAUACAACUAAAGACCCAACCUGUUAGGUCUGUUAGGUUGUCUUAUGUGAUUCCCCACAAUACAGACUUUGGGGGUCUUGCAUACUAGAGGAGUCCAUCCUUGGCAAGAUGUGAUUUAGUGACAGCCAGGAAUUGGUUGUGCCUAUGUGCCAGGAUCACAUGGUCUGCAAUGCAAUGAUAAAGUUUGUGAAAAAAGAUCCAGGGUCAGCAUCUGUUCUUAGUCGCAUCAUGAGAAGACUAUUGACUUUAUCAGGUUUGUGCAUGAUGCAACAGAGCAGAAUUUGUGCCUUUGCCUAUGAGAAGGUAACACAGCAGAAGUAGGAUAGCCAAGUACAGGUCAUGCAAACUAAAAUAUGCAGAUUGAUUUCUAUUGGAACAUUUUUUGUGGCAUCCUGGCAUCCUGGCAGCUGAUCUUUGGGAUAAGUUUCCGGUAUAGGGUGAUGGAUUUGCCCCAGCUGAUAAGCAUCAACUGGUUCUGCAUCCAAAGUACAAAAGCUGUCCCAUAGACAAGACCUGACAGCCUUUUAACCCUUUCUUAUUUUAACAUAGUCAGUACACCAGUGCUUUGGUAGAGACAAAGAAGUCCUUGAUAAGGUAGUGCACAACCUGGAUUCAGAUGUAGGUGUGGCCAUUUUUGUGAACCUACAUGAGACAUUCACUAUGCAGCAGCCCAUGACUACUGCGUAGUAGUGUCACAUGGAAGGAAAUGUGACAUGAUGCCACUGCGCAGUAGUCAUGAGCUACUGCGCAGUCAGCGUUACAAAAAAGCCAUUCCUCGGUGCAGUUAGCAUCUCAUGAAGACACAGCCAAUAAGAGUGAUGCUAGAAUGUAUGCUGUACUCCUCUGUUUAGUACAUGUGAACUAGAUCAUCAGAGACAUUUAGGCACCUCUUUCCUAUUUAGGUGCCCAACUCCCUUUGAUUUGAAGCUGUGGCCCUAGUGCCUAAAACAAGCUCAACCUGAAUAUUCAGUCUGAACCUCAGGAAGGUUUCAUUUAAAUACUGAGUGUGAAUCUCCAAAGCCAGAGAUUUUUAUAUCCCAGUAGGAUAAAGGAAGUAUAAAAUCUGGAAAAGCACAUUUAGAACCUAAUUUUGCUGUCAUUAUCUUGCUUCUGCCUUCAAGGGGAGCAGUACUGGCGUCUGACUUCGGGCCACUAGCUAUUUUAUGUUUCUGCUAGUUCCUGGCAAGAGAACUUGUUUAACAGCCAUUUUAAACAUCAGAAACUUGAAAAUCUCUUUUAAAAGAUCAAAAUUUUGCUCUUGCAUUUUACAGUAACAAUUUCCAGAAUACAUGAUUAUAUGCAUAGCAUGCUGCCACUUGUAUACUUAACAUUUUUAAGCUAUCAGUGUAGUAGAAUCUUGUUGGCCAUAUAUACAACUUUCCUAUGCAUGGAUUGGCCAGAGCCAUCCAAAGGGAAAGCUGCCAGCUCUCUGCAGGAAACAUUAAUGCACAAAAUUAUGAGCAUUAAUCUUAUUUUUCAACCUCUAUUUUAAAUCUGGGUUUGGUUUGGUUUUUAUUGCUGUUGCCAUUUUGCAUGGGACUCAGCAUAAAUUCAUAUUACAAAUCUUGUACUUUUUUAUCCCUCUGCAAGAAGUAGAUAUGUGUGUUCCCCUCUUACUCAGAUAUUCUCUCUCAAAAAUGCCAUAAAUGUUGGAGUUCUUGGCCAUUUAUAUAGUAUUAUGUACUAUAUAACAGUAUUCACAAGUACUUUCAUUUCAUAGAGGGUUUUUUCCAGUGAUGCUUUUAAUAAUGCUCUCACAAGUAUGCCAAGUAGUUUAGGAUCACCAGAAAUGGUUAUAUUUCACAGCACCUUUUUUAGUGACUAUUCAUUCUAGGAGCAGUAACUAUACACUAAACACAGUACAAAAUUGGAUUCUGGUCUCAGGCCAAUCCUGUAUUCCACAGAUGCCUCAACUAUAUGGUUGUUAGUUUCGUCAAGUACUGCGACCAGACUCAGACCUAGAGUAAACUGAUGCAACUCAUGGAAGUCCCUGGACCGACCGCUUUCACCUGGCAUUCUAUGAGGGACCCAAUUCUGAUCGCAUCCCUGUUUUAUAUCAGUUUAAUUUCACUUAAAUCAGUGGAAUUACACUCAAUAUGCACCAAAUGUGUAAAAAGAAUAUGGCUUAUGCACAGAAAAGGAAGAAGGGGAGCGUGUGAAAUGAAAAGAAAUAACAGGGAUUUGGUGAAUAAUCUAAGGGGGGGCUGGUUUACCUCAGACAGUAAUAUGAUGAGUGGACCCAGAGAAAGAGGUCAAGGUCACUGAUGGACCUAGUGUGUCCAGCAAUACAAGCUGAGCCACACUGCUACUACACAAGCAUCGGAGUCUCAGCAUAUACUGUUGACCUGUUUGCGGGAGCAGUAAAGUUACGUUCUUUGCAAUUCUGCUCGCCUGCCACAUCACUUCUUAUCAAUGAGAGGCUCAUGCAGGUUGCCUUUCUUGCCUCAAUUCCUGCCUCUUAUUGGUGUGUCACGUACAUACACUUUUCACUCACUAAAAUGCCAGAUAAAUGGCAAAUGGCACUCCCUUACUACAAUACUCCCUUACUACCCCUUAUUUAUUGUCUAUCCUACUCCUUAUCUACUGCCCCCUGAAGUACACUAUGGGUUUGUGAUACCACUGAAUGUGUCCUGCUAGCUUGGCACCUGCCCUGAAUCUGAAUGAGAUUCUGUUAAGAUGUAUCUUCAGGUUUUUCCCCCUCAGGUCAAACGUACCAUAAAUAGAAUAGUAAAAGAAACUGAUCAGAUGCAUCAAAAUUAAAUAAAUAGAUAAAUUACUAAAUAAAUGAUGCAGACAAGGCCAAGGUGAAUUUACUGGGAGGAAUCUAAGAGGGCUUAUUUUGCAGUACAGUUGUUUUUGUAGUGCUGUUUCAAAUGUGAAAGUCUCUUCACAAGAAGAGUUUUAGCCAAGAGGAAUUUGAAUGAUUUGUUUUACUACAGCUGAGCUAAAGGGCUUAUAUGGAAGAUAAAGAGGAGAACAAAGCUUAAAAUGGCCACCACUUUUUGAAUGCCACAAUAAUCUAACUACACGAGGGAAAGAAGUCAACCUGACAGGACAUCUUUGUUGAAAGUUGUAAUGGAAGAAAAUGGAAUAUCUAAUUGCAAUGGAAUGUCUAACUGGCUAUUAGGAAUGGAAUUCUGAAAAGGUAAUGAAAGCAGAACACUUUUGAUCCUAUUAGGCUUUUCUGAAAAAUUGCACGGUAACCUAGUGCUUCUGAACCAGGGUGCCAAGACACCCUGGGGUGCCUUGAAAUCCUUUCAAGCAUGUCAUUGGGGUGCCACACAAGGUUAGCACUGGUUGGCAUGCAAACAUGAUUCACAAAACCCAAGGCUGCUUAUACACAUUCUGGUUCAUAUUCUAAUUAGAAUGCUCCAGAUUACUUCAUCAUCACAUGUAUAAGCCCCCACAGUUUAAAAAUAGCCUCUGGGGUACUUUAUCUAAACCUCAUCAAAUGAGGUUUAAAUAAAGCGCCCAUCCCCAUUCAGGACCUGUGGGGGCUUAAUAUACAUGAUGGUAGGGCAUUUUAAUUAGAGCAGCUUUCCAGGAACUGCUGUAAUUAAAAUGUCCCCCGCCCCCAAGCACAUCGUCUAGACAGUCAAAUAUUCGGACCUGUUGUGGUCUUUCUGAGUUAUAUGCAACAAGAAUUGCUCUAUUAUUUUUAUGUAGUUAAAAAUGGAGCGAAAACAAAGCAUUCAAGAACUAUGAAUGAUUCCAAAGAUAACACAAGGUUUUCAGUAUUGUCAAUACCAGGUAUUCAAAAAUCUUGAAAUUAAUUUACAAAGGAUGAGAGUAUAAAUACAUUGGAGCUCUUUGUUUGACACCUGGUGUCAGCACUUGUAAGGUUUUAUCAUCCCAGACAUCAUGCAAGUUAAAAACUUAAUUCGUUUUUAAUGAAAGCUGAGAUUCUGAUCUCAUACUAUUUCAGGACAUAGGGCUUUAAGAAAAGUACUGCGAUUUACAAUAAAUUUGUAGGCAUUAGCAACAUUUGGUUUUAAUAAGUAGCAAAUCAUAGAACUAUGUAUACAUACUUCUGAAUUUGGAGGAAAAUGAAAAUGACAAGACACACUUCAUAUUACUCAUUAAGUUAAUACCUGAAGGGAUGUAGGCUUAGAGCUGAGGAGAAAUGCUUACUAAGAAAAAAUAUCAGGAUACUUUGAUUUUGGAAUAGCCCAGAUGUAAGGCCCUGUUUUACUUUUCAUCUUGGAGCUGCCUCCCCAUCAACCUGUACAUAACAGGACUAGUAGGAGCAUGCUAGCAAGCUGUUGGCCACAUGGCUAGGACAAGUUCAUCCUUCUUUAGAUUCAAAGUGAACCCCAGAAUCACCUCUGAGCCUCAAAACAUGUUUCACCAAAAUCAGAAGCCAGAAAUGGACACAGUGCAAUGAAAAGCCUGUGAAUUCAUUCGAACUGCUGGUUUAGUUUGACUGGAAAUUCUCACAAAAAAUGUACCUGUAAUUAUUACAUUAUGUGCCCUGAGCCACUGAGAUGGUAGAAAGACACUGGAAAGGGAGAUAAUAAGGAAUGUUUGCUAGACAGUAAUGGAGGUAUAGUGAUUUACACAGUUUAGGAUUUAACCCUGUGUCCUCUGGGCAAGUUCAAGUCAGGAUUUGAACAUUGCAGCUGUUCCUUGUUUAAAUCAAAGGCUAAACCAUAAUUGAGGUCUCCAAGCCAAAUAGGAGAUUUGGCCACACAACCCUCAGUCAUUUCAAGAAGAGUGAAGUGGCUAAAUACCCUAGUCAGCUCUGAAGAUCUCAUAGAUGAACUCCUCUGAAUUCCCCUGAAUUUUGGCUCUAGGUCUGGAUCAGCAGUUUAAGACUGCCUUUGAAGUUGUUGAUAAACUGGAACACUGCAUAUGCCCACAUUUUAAGUAUGGCAUUUAACCUUAGAUGGCAUUUAGUCUCAUGGUAUUCACCUUUUAAACUAGAGAGCACUUUGUUCUGUUUUUUCUUAUUUGUCCUAUAAGCAAACAUAUUUUUGGUGAACAUUGUAUGCAUGAGAGACUAUUUUUACAAAGUUUUUAGCAAGGGAAAUAAAAUUACUUUGGUCUCCUC